AUGAAUAUCUUCCGGUUCUUAGCUGACUUGUUUCAUUUGUUUAGUUUUGUCAUUUUGCUUUUGCAAUUUGACAAGACCAAUUCAGUAGCGGGUAUCUCAUUGAAAACUCAAAUCUUAUAUGUUGUGGUGUUCGUUACCCGUUAUCUUGAUCUAUUUUAUAAGUUCCACUCUUUGUAUACCACUUUGAUGAAGAUCGUGUACAUUGGAUUAUCAUGCUACACAGUUUAUGUGAUGACCCAUAAGUUCAAAAAGGAAAUUGAAUCGUCAAAAGACAUUUUCCCAGUUAAAUAUAUCCUAGGAGGUACUUUGGUAUUAGCAGGUUUGACUAGUCAUAAUUAUGCGCCUUCUGAAUUCUUAUGGACAUUUUCUAUUUGGUUAGAAGCAUUUGCUAUUUUACCCCAAUUGAUGUUGUUGCAGAAAACUGGUCAAGCUGAGAAUAUUACAACCCAUUAUAUCUUUUGCUUGGGGUUAUAUCGAGCUUUGUACAUCCCCAAUUGGAUUUACAGGUACUUCACUGAGGCUAAAUUAGAUUGGGUAGCAAUUGUUGCUGGUAUUGUUCAAACAGCCAUUUACUCAGAUUUCUUCUACAUCUAUUACUCGAGAGUGUUGCAUGGUAAGAAGUUUGAAUUGCCAGUCUAA